AUGACCAAGUUUCAGGAUUUCGAAUUCCUGACAAAGCAGAGCUCGAACAAUUUGGCUGACAUACCAGAUAACGAAGACCUGAGGAAACUCUACACUUGGGUUGGACCGGUACUAUUGGCGUUGAAUCCUCGUCAGCCCAAUUCAGAUCUGUACGAUUGUUGUCGUCAGGAUCACUUUAUAAACCCUUUGAACAAUGCACGGCAAGAGCUACUAGAACCGCAUGUAUUCGCAGUGGCAGCAAAAGCUCAUUACAGACUUGCUUGUGGUCUGGGCAAAGUGCACCAAGUGAUCGUAAUCAGCGGAGACAGUGGAUCAGGAAAAACUUUUUCAGCAUGCAAGAUUUUGAACUUUCUAGCAGCAACUGAUCUAAGCAGUUGCGAUGGAAUGGAAUCAACUAUUUCAAAAAUUGGCAAAGCCUGCUCGGUUGUAUCCUCAUUCAGCACUGCUAGCACCGAACGAAAUCAACACAGCUCUAGGCACGGACAACUUGUCCAGUUACAGUAUGUGAACGGAUCCAUACACGGGGCUGUGAUAAACUCCUUUCUCCUUGAACAGAGCAGAGUCACAGGGGCCUGUAAUAACUUUCACAUUUUUGGUCAGAUGUUGGCUGGUUUAUCCGAUUCGGAAUUGGGUACUUUGAAAUUAUCUAGAACCAUUCUUUACGAGAUUAUCGCAAACGACAGUCACAGUAUUUUGAAUGAGGCUUAUGUCAAAGGGUUCAAGGAGACUGUCGAAGCAAUGAAUUACCUACGGAUUGGGGAGAACCAAAGGAAUGAUAUAUUCAAAGUUAUCGCGCUCCUCCUCCACUUGCGAAACAUACAAUUCCACGAACGACUAUCAGUUGGUUGUGAUGUUGACGUGCAGAAAAAAGAAUCAUCAGACGCUCUUGAAGGCGCCUGCCACUUGCUUAGACUGCCGAUUCCUGAUCUGAUCAAACUACUAACUACAAGUGUACUAGAUAUUUUUGGAUUCGAAUUCUUCUCUGUGAAUAGUAUCGAACAAUUAAGCAUUAAUUAUGCGAAUGAAAGACUGCAGCUAUAUUUUGUCGAGAAAUAUUUAGAAGCCAGUAGGUCAGAGCUGGAGAGUGAAGGACUGAGUUUAUCGCCACCUCCAUCCACAGCCACAAACCACCAGGAACGUCUUGCUGCAAUUGAGAAUUGCUUAUUUCCAGUAUUAGACGAUGUAAUACAUCAUAAAAAAAUAGUGGUGAAAGUUUAA